AUUUGAAAACAGUUGUUUAAAUCGAUCGCUUCGGUAAUCUUACGAUGUUGGCAGGAAUCGGGAUCGUUAUUUUUGUAUCUCUAUGGAGUCUCUUGAGUGCUGCUGAUUCGGGUCUAGCUCACAACGACGAAUGUCAGACUCCACUGGGAAAUCAAGGACGUUGUUUGCUGGUAAAAGAAUGUCGAUACGUCCUGCUGCUGAUUCACCGAAGUGAUUUUUCCAUAAAAGAUCAUCUAUAUUUAAACAACCUGGGCUGUGGUGUGCAACCGGGAACACGAAAGCCGCUUGUUUGUUGCCCGGAGUUCCGCAAUGCCGACGAGUGUGGUCGGUUAACAUUGCUGGAUAACAUUGUCGGUGGGCAGGAAACGGAACCGGACGAAUAUCCCUGGACGGUCCUGCUAGUUUACGAAAAAGCUGGGCGGACACAAUAUCGCUGCGGAGGAACGUUGAUCAACGAUCGCUAUGUGGUCACUGCAGCCCAUUGUGUGGCAGAUAUAGGGCAUGUUAGACUAAAAGCAGCUCGUUUAGGCGAAUGGGAUAUAACUACGCAGAUCGAUUGUAAGGGUAGCGGAGACAAUAAGAUCUAUUGCAAUCAGUUCCCACAUCUAGACGUUCCAAUCGACAAAGUUGUUGUCCACGAGAUGUAUUCGGAAUACACGUUGAAUAGAGAGCAUGACAUUGCUCUACUGAGGCUGGCAAACCCUGUGACAAUGACGGAUUCCAUAUCACCGAUUUGUUUGCCAACUUCUGCCAUGGAUAAGCAAAUGAAAGUGGAAGGCGAGAUUUUUGAUGUUGCCGGUUGGGGUGCAGACGACGCCUUCGAAACUCGAUCGCAGCGCAAGAAAAAAGUCUCGUUACCUGGCCAUAACAUAAGCGUCUGCGAUUUGGCAUUCGCUGCGGCUCAAGUGAAAUUCACGGAAAAUCAACUGUGCGUGGGUGGCGUCGCCGGAAAGGACAGCUGUCGGGGGGACUCCGGUGGUCCACUAAUGGUUAUAAUGGAGAACCGGUGGCACCUGGCUGGUGUUGUCAGCAUAGGUACAGUAAAAUGCGGCCAAAAGGGUUUCCCUGCGAUCUACACUAGGUUGGGCAGUUAUCUGCCUUGGAUAGCAGGCAGAAUCGAACAGCAAAGUCGCCUCGCAGCGGAACCUCCUGAAGAAUCUUGAAUUUUCUAUUGCAUUUAGGUAAUUUUAAGAAAAUCAAUGUUAGCUGUACGAAUACUGACAGUAUGUUUAUAACAAGCAAUAGUGUAUAAUUUUUAGACGCUGUUAACAAGUCCGAUAGUUUUCUUUGAGUAUCCAAAUUUAAAAAAUAAUAAA